UGAAAACUUCGGUGCGGGGCUUUUUCUCCUCCUGCGGAAGGAGCGCGUUUUGGUGGCGCCGGUAGAAAUAUUUAGCUUUUCCUCCCCGUUGCUCCGUGUGUUGAGUUUGUCGUUGUGUUUUUUCCCCGCGUCUCCUCCGCCCUCGGCGUCUGGUUUCUCCACGAGUUUGAACAGUUUGAGGCUCCAACCAAGCCCGGCAGCGGAGAGGAUCCGUAGAGUAGCGCUAGUAUGCAGUUAUUCGGUGCGUAUCGGUGCGUGGAGGCUUGUGUUGAAUGUGCGCACCGGUGUGACCACCAGUCUGAUCGAUCCACGCCGAAGUGUAACUGCGGAUAUCUGGGGCGCAGAACGAGGCUUCAGCUUGGUAACUUCAUUCACCUGGACGUUUCCUUUAGAAUGAUUUUGCGCUAAACACCUGGCGCUUGAAACUAAUAAAGGCUUUUUUUCUGUUUUUGCAAGUAACGUCGGAUUUGGUGCAGUGUGAGGGCUCCCACCUUCUGUGGAUGACGCUCCAGAUGACAUCUUGCAACGCUGAGAACAGGACAGCGGAUCAGUAGGAGUUUCAUUUCCCUUUCCCUCAUCCUUCUCUCUCUCCCCUCGAAGUGUCCUCCUUUAUUUUUGACAAUAGAGCAGAAAAGAAAUCCUGAUUUGGAACUUGGUGCCAGAGCUUGUACUCCUCUCUCUCUCCUUCCCCACCCCCCUAAUCCUUGCCUCUAGACAGCCUAGAUAUGUGUCCCUUAGCUCGGUCAGUGGGUUUCCCUAGCACGGGGAACUUGUUUCUCCUCUUGGGGAUUUUGCUUAACAUGAGCUCAUCCUUCUCUGGAGGCCAGCCCCCUCCCUUCAAACGAUUUACCCCUUCUGAGUAUGGGCUGACACAUCUCGCCAUCCACAACAAAACUGGAGAAGUCUAUGUGGGAGCUGUAAACUGGAUUUUCAAGCUGUCUAGCAACCUGACCAAACUGCGCAGCCACAUGACUGGCCCAGUGGUGGACAAUGAGAAGUGCUACCCUCCACCCAGUGUGCAGUCCUGCCCUUAUGAUCUGGCCCAGACCCCCAAUGUGAAUAAACUUCUUCUUAUAGACUACGCACAGAACCGCCUCAUUGCCUGUGGCAGCACCUCGCAGGGCAUCUGCCAGUUCCUACGUCUGGAUGAUCUCUUUAAGCUCGGUGAGCCCCACCACCGCAAGGAACACUACCUCUCCAGCGUGGCAGAGUCGGGCACCAUGUCUGGGGUGAUCAUAAGCUCCACCCAGAGUCCUACCAGCAAGCUAUUCAUUGGAACACCCAUCGAUGGCAAGUCUGAAUACUUUCCAACCUUGUCCAGUCGCAAGCUGAUGGAGAAUGAAGAAAAUGCUGACAUGUUCAGCUUUGUCUAUCAGGAUGAGUUUGUCUCCUCUCAGCUGAAGAUUCCCUCAGACACUUUGUCAAAGUUCCCUGCUUUUGACAUCUAUUACGUGUACAGCUUCAGCAGUGAGCAGUUUGUCUACUACCUGACAAUGCAGCUGGACACCCAACUGACUUCCCCCGAUGCUAGCGGAGAGCAGUUCUUCACUUCCAAAAUCGUCCGCCUCUGCGUAGACGACCCUAAGUUUUACUCCUAUGUUGAGUUCCCGAUUGGCUGCACUAAAGAUGGGGUAGAGUAUCGCCUGGUGCAGGACGCCUUCUUGGCUCGGCCAGGCCGGCAGCUGGCCAACUCUCUGGGGAUCUCAGAGAAUGAAGACAUCCUCUUCACGGUCUUCUCUCAGGGUCAGAAGAAUCGGGCCAAACCACCCAAAGAGUCAGCAUUGUGUCUGUUCACCCUGAGGAGGAUAAAGGAGAAGAUCAAAGAAAGGAUUCAGUCCUGCUACAAAGGAGAGGGGAAACUCUCCUUACCCUGGCUGCUCAACAAGGAGCUCGCCUGCAUCAACUCGCCACUACAGAUAGAUGAUAACUUCUGUGGCCAGGACUUCAACCAGCCCCUGGGGGGGACCAGCACCAUCGAGGGCACCCCCCUCUUCAUCGACAAAGACGACGGCAUGACCUCUGUGGCGGCUUACGAUUACCGUGGCAACACUGUGGCGUUUGUUGGCACGCGGAAUGCCAAACUGAAGAAGAUCCUGGUGAACUCUGUGAGUCCCUACCGGCCAGCGGUGUUGUAUGAGAAGGUGACCGUUAGUGAGGGGGGAAGCCCCUUACUGAGGGACAUGCUGUUCAGCCCAGACCAGCAGUACAUCUAUGCUCUGACUGAUAGACAGGUGGUGAGAGUUCCAGUGGAGAGCUGUGAGCAGUACACCACUUGUGGGGAGUGUUUGGGCUCCAGAGACCCUCACUGUGGGUGGUGUGUCCUCCACAAUGUCUGUUCACGUAAGGACAGUUGUGAACGAGCAGGCGAGCCCCAGAGGUUCACCUCUGACCAGCGGCAGUGUGUGGAGCUCACUGUCCAGCCAAGAAAUAUAUCGGUCACCAUGUCUGAAGUCCAGCUGGUCCUCCAGGCUCAUAACGUGCCCGAUCUGUCAGCGGGGGUCAACUGCUCCUUCGAGGACUUUGUGGAGACGGAGGGACGGAUCCAGGGCGGAAACAUCUUCUGUCUGUCUCCCUCCGUUCGGGACGUCAUUCCAAUCACAAGGAACAAAGGAGACAAGCGUGUGGUGAAGCUUUAUCUCAAGUCCAAGGAGACAGGCAAGAAGUUUGCCAGUGUCGACUUUGUCUUCUACAACUGCAGCGUCCACCAAUCCUGCCUUUCCUGUGUAAAUGGUUCCUUCCCGUGCCACUGGUGCAAAUACCGCCACAUGUGCACGCAGAACGCCAAUGACUGCUCUUUCCAGGAGGGACGUGUCAACAACUCUGAGGACUGCCCCCAGAUUCUGCCUUCAACCCAGAUCUACAUCCCUGUCGGGGUGACCAAGCCAAUCACCUUAGCAGCCAAGAACCUGCCCCAGCCCCAAUCAGGACAGAGGAAUUACGAGUGUGUCUUCCACAUUCAGGGAGAGACCCUUAGUGUCCCUGCCCUGCGCUUCAACAGCUCCUCCAUCCAGUGUCAGAAGACACCGUAUGCCUAUGAGGGUAGUGACAUCAGUGACCUGCCAGUGGAUCUGUCUGUGGUUUGGAACGGAAACUUUGUCAUUGACAACCCCUACAACAUCAAGGCCCACUUGUAUAAGUGCUAUGCACUAAGGGACAGCUGUGGGAUGUGUUUAAAGGCAAACCCCAGAUUUGAGUGUGGCUGGUGCAUCCAGGAGAAGAAGUGCUCCCUGAGGCAAGAGUGUACUCCUCCAGAGAGCACUUGGAUGCACGCCACCACAGGAAACAGCCGCUGUGCGCACCCCAAGAUCACUAAGUUGUAUCCAGAGACUGGGCCCAGACAGGGAGGAACCAUGCUGACAAUCACGGGGGAGAACCUGGGGCUGCAGUUCAAAGACAUCCAGAAUGGAGUCCGCAUUGGCAAGGUGGCCUGCAACCCUCAGGAGGACCAGUACAUCAGUGCUGAGCAGAUCGUGUGUCGACUGAAUGAUGCAACAGGUUACAGGGUACAGGAGGCUCAAGUAGAGGUGUGUGUGAGAGACUGCAUUCACCCUGAUUACAAAGCUGUGUCCAGCAGGGCCUUCACCUUUGUGUCUCCUUACUUUACCCGUGUCCAUCCAUCCACCGGCCCGCUGUCUGGAGGAACCAGGAUCACCAUUGAAGGCAGUCAUCUCAAUGCAGGCAGCGCCGUAUCUGUGAAGAUAGGACUUCACCCCUGCCGAUUCGAGAGGCGCAGCAGCAAGGAGAUAGUGUGUGUGACCCCAACAGGACAAGCCCCAGGCACCACCCCAGUCAUGGUGGACAUAAACUCUGCUGAGCUGAGGAACCCAGAGGUCAAAUUCAACUACACAGAUGAUCCUACCAUCCUGAAGAUUGAACCCGACUGGAGUAUUGCCAGUGGAGGAACCAUGCUGACCAUUACUGGAACCAAUCUGGCAACGAUAAAGGAGCCUAAAAUGAGAGCCAAAUAUGGAUCUGCCAAGUCAGAAAAUACCUGCACAGUUGUCAACAACACAGUGAUGGUAUGUCUGGCGCCCUCUGUGGCCGGAUCAGAUAAAGGUUUCUCUGAGGCCGGCAGCAGUCCUGAUGAGAUUGGCUUUGUCAUGGACAAUGUGCGCUCUGUGCUGGUGGUGAACGAGACUUUCAGCUACCACCCAGACCCCGUGUUCGAACCUCUGAGCCCCUCGGGCAUGCUGGAGCUGAAGCCCAGCUCACCUCUCAUACUCAAGGGUCGUAACCUAAUUCCUGCAGCACCAGGAAACGCCAAGCUGAAUUACACAGUGCUGAUUGGGGAGACUCCCUGCGUUCUCACCCUGUCUGAGAGCCAGCUGCUGUGUGAGUGGCCUAAUCUGACCGGAGAACACAAAGUCACUGUGCGGGUUGGAGGCUUUGAAUACUCACCAGGAACUUUGCUGAUCUACUCAGACAGCCUGCUCACGCUGCCUGCCAUCAUCGGUAUCGGAGGAGGAGGCGGCCUGCUCCUGUUGGUUAUCAUUGUGGUGCUGAUUGCUUAUAAGAGGAAGUCGCGAGACGCUGACCGCACUCUCAAGCGGCUGCAACUGCAGAUGGACAACCUAGAGUCCAGGGUGGCCCUCGAGUGCAAGGAAGCCUUUGCAGAGCUGCAGACGGACAUCCAUGAACUCACCCAGGAGCUGGAUGGAGCAGGAAUCCCCUUCCUGGACUACCGCACCUACGCCAUGAGGGUCCUCUUUCCUGGGAUUGAGGACCAUCCUGUGCUCAAGGAGAUGGAGGUACGGGUUCCCGCCAACAUGGAGAAGGCCCUGACAUUGUUCGGCCAGCUGCUGACCAAAAAGCACUUCCGGCUGACCUUCAUCCGCACCCUGGAGGCACAGCGGUCCUUCUCCAUGCGAGACCGGGGCAACGUGGCCUCCCUCAUCAUGACGGCGCUGCAGGGGGAGAUGGAGUACGCCACGGGCGUCCUUAAGCAGCUCCUGUCUGACCUCAUCGAUAAAAACCUGGAGAGCAAGAACCACCCAAAGCUCUUACUCAGGAGGACGGAGUCGGUCGCUGAGAAGAUGCUCACCAACUGGUUCACCUUCCUGCUUUACAAGUUCCUUAAGGAGUGUGCCGGUGAGCCGCUCUUCAUGCUGUACUGUGCCAUGAAACAGCAAAUGGAAAAGGGGCCGAUAGAUGCAAUCACAGGAGAAGCUCGCUACUCCCUGAGUGAGGACAAACUCAUCAGACAGCAGAUUGACUACAAGACUUUGACGCUGCACUGUGUGAACCCGGAGAAUGAAAAUGCUCCGGAGGUGACAGUGAAGAGCCUGAACUGUGACACAGUGACGCAGGUGAAGGAGAAGCUGCUGGAUGCUGUGUACAAAGGCACGCCGUACUCGCAGAGACCAAAAGCCUCAGACAUGGACCUGGAAUGGCGGCAGGGCAGGAUGGCUCGCAUCAUCCUUCAGGACGAGGAUGUCACGACCAAGAUUGACAAUGACUGGAAGAGACUCAACACACUGGCUCACUACCAGGUGACAGAUGGCUCAGUGAUCGCCCUGGUGCCUAAACAGAACUCAGCCUACAACAUCUCCAACUCCUCCACAUUCACUAAGUCUCUCAGCAGAUACGGUACGAGAGAAGAGAGCAUGUUGAGGACAGCCAGCAGUCCAGACAGCUUGCGCUCCCGAACUCCCAUGAUCACCCCCGACCUCGAGAGCGGAACCAAACUGUGGCACCUGGUCAAGAACCACGACCAUUCAGAUCAGAGGGAAGGGGACAGAGGCAGCAAGAUGGUCUCUGAGAUCUACCUGACCAGACUGCUGGCCACCAAGGGUACACUCCAGAAGUUUGUGGACGACCUGUUUGAGACCAUCUUCAGCACAGCACACAGAGGCAGCGCCCUGCCUCUCGCAAUCAAGUACAUGUUUGACUUCUUGGACGAGCAAGCAGACAAGCACUCUAUAACAGACUCCGAUGUACGGCACACUUGGAAGAGCAACUGUCUUCCACUGAGGUUCUGGGUGAAUGUGAUCAAGAACCCGCAAUUUGUCUUUGACAUCCACAAGAACAGCAUUACAGACGCCUGCUUGUCUGUGGUGGCUCAGACCUUCAUGGACUCGUGUUCAACAUCAGAGCAUAAGCUGGGGAAGGACUCGCCUUCGAACAAGCUGCUCUAUGCUAAAGACAUCCCCAACUAUAAGAACUGGGUAGAAAGGUACUACUCCGACAUCUCGAGGAUGCCGGCCAUUAGCGACCAGGACAUGAGUGCCUACCUGGCGGAACAGUCACGCCUGCAUGCCAACCAGUUCAACAGCAUGUCAGCUCUACACGAGAUCUACUCCUACAUCGUCAAGUACAAGGAUGAGAUCUUGUCAGCUUUGGAGCGGGACGAGCAGGCGAGGAGACAGAGACUGAGGAGCAAGCUGGAGCAGGUCAUCGACACAAUGGCCCUGACCAGCUGAGGACUGUCCAGCACCUCCAUCUCCUCCUUCUCUUCACUCCUCCUCUCCAUCUGUCUCUCUCCCUCGCUCCACUCACCCACACAACAAACAAAACUGCAACCCCCGACAGUACGACAGACGAACUGCAAAAAGGCUGAAGCAGUAUACUACAAAAUGGGGGGUUUCAGCAGAGAUGGGCGGGCCUGUGUACGCUUACGUGUGUGUGUGUGUGUGUGUUUGUCUGCAGCCCCAUACCGUGAGUGGGCAUGUGUCUUUGUGAGCGACUGGGACACCAGACAUUUUCAGACAUGCAUAAAUGGAGAAACAUGUCAACUGACAGCAGUAGAUUAUUGUGGAUGUUGGUGUUUGUGGUUUGCUUGAUUUUGAUUUUAGGAGUUUUGUCAUUAUGAAGCGAAUCGUCAGGAAAGAAACUGUGGAAGCCUGGAAAGGAACUCCAUAUAUGGCAUCAUUAGUGGGAUGGACCAAUCUGUGAUGAGCCAAUGGAGAGAUGCUCUCCAGGCAAUGUGACUCCAAUGGCUGUCGCAGUUUUAAAGGAUGUGAGCUUUUCUGUUUUUUUGUAUAAAUGUAAUCAACUGCCCACUCUCUGAUCUCUCUCCACUUGUAUUACUGCUAAAUUUGCACAAUUUACAGAAACGUUACAAAGGAAGACUAUAUAGAUAUUAUAUAUAAAUACAGCUACGUUUUUAAAGAAAGAUUAGGGAGAAAAAAACUUUUGUUGUUUUCCUUUUCAUUAUAAACCAAACACUAAAAAUACAACAACAAAACAUAAUUUGAUAUUUCAAGUACAGAAAAAAACGUAGACAAAACAAAGAAACAAAAAAGUCGUACUGUGCCACGUUUUCUUUGAAUGUUGUUUAGUGCAAAGACAUUUUGUUAGAUGGAAUGUGCUACCCUUUGAUUUUAAAUAUGAACAUGCCUAGUGACUAAAAAGAACUGUUUGAGUAACAACCCCAUUGUAAGGUCUUUGUUGAAAAUGGCGGGAAAUGAGGUGACAUGCGUAGCUGUCCGUCUUAAGUUCAGACACUUCAUAGUGUCAUAAUGUUAACAUGAAGUUGCUGUUGUUUCUAGAUUCAAUCAGUGCAAUCUUUUGGUUUCAGGAAACCAAAUAUAUACACACAGGAUUAUUGCUUUAUCAUGACCAUGGUGUCUGGCUCCACAGCAGACUCUUUUCUUAAAGGGUCAAGAAGUGACUAUUCAUUGGAUCAUGGUAUAGUGACUGAACAAUGAAGUAGCUACAUUGCACUACCUAAAAUAUUCCGGUUUGCCCCGUUUAACACAUAGCCACCACCAUAUCUACAGAUUCCACGUGUCCUGGGUUUCUGGUACCCAUCCAUUGAAGGGUCAUUAAUUUUCCGACACAGACCCGGAAGAGUAAAGCCAAAGUCUUGGUGCUCUCAGACUCUGUUUACGUCUUCACAGGAGCCACAGUGAGGUCAGGUAGAGCUUAGCCGAGCCCCUCGGUGAUCAAAUAAAGUGGGGGAAGCUGUUUCCAGCUGAAAGCCACUUCUUUUUUCAUUUUCUCAAUGUUAAUACCCAACUAGAGGAGCAAGGAAAAGAUAUACUGAGUGUUUCUCUUCAUUUCUAACCUAUGUAUUUGAGACAGCUUGUUAUUCAUAGAGAGGGGUAGGGAGGUAUAUAGUGAUGCAGAGGUGAGACACCUCUGUUCAUUAGCUCCACAAGGCUGAGUAAUCCUCUCCUCAGCCUGCAGCUCUUGUUUCAGAACUAGCCAACUGCCAUGUCUGGCUAAAGCUUUUUUUAUUACUACUCUUUGUUUCUCAUAAUAUGAAGUCUCGAAUUUAUAGUUUUUGACUUUGUGGUGAGAAAAAUAAGAUUUUUUAUUCCCCGCUUGCCGAUAAACCAAAUUGUGGUCUGUAUAAUGUUUUUGUUAAUGUUUUCAUUUGUAAAUUGUAUACUUUUUCAUGAUGAACAAAAAGUGUUUGCCAUCUUUUUGUAACCAGGUCAUUUUGUUUGUUUGUUUGUUUUUGUCUUUUUGUUUUCGACAUGUAAAUUGUACAUUUUACGGUACACAGAAGAAAAACUUCUCUUGGGUUUGCCUGAAGUUGAAGUACUUGGCGGAACUCGAGGUUUAUUUUCCUGAUCUCAAGGAUCGAAAUGAAAUUGUUACAGCAAAUGAGCAUCAGUCUUCGAUGGAAAUGUGACUUGCUGCUUUUAGCUCCUGUGCUUUGUUUUUCUAGCAGACAUUAGGGCUUUCAUUUUAUGCUGAUCAUAGAUGCUGUUGCUGUCCUUUUUUUUUUAUCAGUUAGUUAAAUUAUCUGCCAGAAAGUCAGCAUAAGGAUUAUAGUGUUGUGUUUCCAAUCACCUGUGGCUAUCAUUAAUGCCCUCAGUGUCAGCAUUUGGUCCAAGUUUUUCCAGAAGCUCUACUUAAUCUUUGUGCAUGGUUCAGAAUUUGUAAGUUCAGUCAGUAGACACCUGCGCUACACUGAAAACUGAAGUUCAACAUGUAAACUAACUACAACAUUAUUCAGUCAAAACCAGACUUGGGACCUUAAGUGCUUGACUCCAGAAUCUCAACCUUGAAAUGGUUUGACAUGCUGUAUUUGUACCAAAAAAAAAAAAA